AUGGUUGCUAUCACUCUUCCAGACAACUACGGCUAUAUCCUCGGCCUCACGGUAGGAGCCAUCCCUCUCCUCAACUUCAUCCAUAUAUACAUGGUCGCAAAACACCGCAAGAAGGCUGGUAUCAAAUAUCCCAACGCCUACGCAACCCUUGAGGAAUGCAAGCAGAAUCCCGCCGCAUACAGAUUCAACUGCGCCCAGCGCGCCCACGGUAACUUCCUCGAAAACCUGUCGCUCACGACCCUCUCCAUCCUCGUCUCCGGGAUCAAAUACCCCAACGCCACCAUCGCCCUGGCCGGUACCUGGAUCAUCAUGCGAACCCUGUACAUGUACGGCUACGUGUAUUCCGACAAGCCGGAUGGGAGGGGCCGAUAUAAGGGCGGGAUGCACACAUUUGCGCAGCUUGCGCUCUGGGGACUCAGUGCGUUUGGUGUUGCGGCCCCGAUGAUGAUGGCGGGUAAAUUUUGGGCAUCGUAG